AUGUCGGUAAGGCCGGAGAUUGUUCUCCGUAAUCAUCCAAGCCAUCCAUGGCAUAGACUAGAGCUGAAAAACUAUGUGGAACCAUACACCUGCGAUGGGUGUAAGGAAAAAGGGUUCGGCCCAAGAUACCGAUGCGGAAGAUGUGAUUUUGACCUUCACCAAGCUUGCACUUACACUAGUCUUCGACUCAGUUCGCAUGACUACUUCCCAGGCUCCAAGUUCAAGUUCCUUAGAAACCCACCAAAACCGUGCCACCCAGAAUGUAUUAUAAGGUGCGAUGCUUGUAGAAAGACCAUCAAAGGCUACGUUUUCCAUUGCAAGGAAGAUGACAUAGAUCUCCACCCAUGUUGUCGAAACCUCAAACAAAGUUACCAAAUCGAAGAUGUGAAGUUUAAGCUCCACAGGAAGAUGAGAGAGAAGUGUAUGUGGUGUAAUAGAAAGAACCUUAAAGAUGGUGGUAACGACAAUGGGUGGUCUUACGUGUCCAAGUGCGAUAACUACCAUGUUCAUGUCGCUUGUGUUACCGAAAUGGUUUUGAAAGAAUGGUACAACUACAACAGCAAUAACAACCGACACAGUGGUGGCGCGAGCAGUAGCAGCAGCAGCAGCGGUAGUAUUAGAGUGAUGAAGGGUACUACGACUGCAUCACAAUCUUUGACUGUGAAGUUGAAAGUGCAAGAAAUUCAAGCUCGAGGGCGUUGGGAUGGAAGAGCAAAGGAAACUUUUUGGAGAAUCAUAAAGAUCAUCAGCAAGAUUGUUGUUAGUACCGUAAUUGAAGACCCGACUAUGAUUAUUGCCUCUUUCCUUUUUGGGCCGUGA